UGGUAGCCGAAUUCGGGGAAGAAGUAAUAGUGUAAUGUAACCAAACCUGCAUGUGUUUUUUUCUUCUUUUAAUUUACCCAUUAUCUCGCGAGUAAAGGCUGUUUUGUUCGUUUAUUAAUGAAAGAUGGCUAAUCCUUAAGAUGGCUAAUCAGAAUCGAAAGAAAGCAAUUACUACGAAGGAAGAUUGGGAAAGUUUAAAUUAUCCAAAACAUGGAAAGAAAACUUUAGUAGUUUACUUUUCACAGUUGAAUCCCAUUGGCAGGGAAUGCCAUGCGAAGGUAAAGGAAGAGGUAGUAACAGAAGCAUCUAAGCUCGUCGGAGAAGAGGUUGACAUUGAUAUCGCCAAAUUAGAUGAAUUCCUUGUCGAUAUAUACGGCAAGGAUAAAAUGGAAGUUAAGUUUUAUCGCAACCAAAAAGCAAGUGAAAUAGAAAACCGUCUGGUCAAGCUUGCUAAAAACGGUUGGGAAUACGAAGCCUUCUUUUUCGUAUUUUUAACAUAUCUGGAUGAUGAAAAACAAAGUGGCGUUCGAAUACAGGCCUAUGACAAGGCCAUACACUUAGACUUCUUAUUCAACCCAAUAAAGAACGCCCCAUCAAUGGCACUAAAACCAAAGAUUUUCCUGAUACAAGCUGAUGACAUAGGAAUGCUUUAUCCUACACAUGUUGAAAAGGCGAUUCCUGACCAUAUAGAAGUAAAAAAGAUACCUACUGAUGCUGAUCGACUGGUGAUACUGUCAACAAUUCCACAGAAGCUUACGCCAUUAGCAGAUAAAGAAAGAGAUAAAGAAAAGGGAAAACAAACUCCGGAAAAUGAUUCGGAUUCGCACCAAAAUAUUCGGGCAGGGCCUGUUCAGUCGGUUGUUCCCAGAUUUGAUACAUCUGUUUUAAUUCGGGCAUUUCUCACAGUUAUGAAUAACGAUGAUUACAGGGGUGAAAAUUUACUUUCAAAUUCUACACGAAUACUAGGAGAAGUUUGCAAUAUAGUCGAACCUCUGCAGAAUACUACCGACUAUGACAAUUAUGAUAUCCCGUUGCCAUUGGUUACCAGUACCCUUACAAAGCUAUAUUUUCUUUGAUUCAAACAACCGCGAUGUCACGGCUGUAAUAAAUGAAUCACCACGGAGCCGCCACUUCUCAAACUAUUAACUCAUGCGGAUACGAAACAGAAUUAAAUAAAUCGAGGUUAAUGCAUGCUAAAAUUGUUUAUUAUAUUAGAAAUUACAUACACAUAAAUAAAUUGUUAUGUGUUUUUUUGGACGAUGUACUAAUGUCGUUUGUCAAAUGAUUUAAAAACCAAUGGAAGAAAACAGUAAAGCUCAUUUAUAUUUGUUAUAUAUGCUAUAGACGUGAGUCAAAUAUCGAUUUAAGUAACAUGUUAAGAAAUAAACGGUCAUAGUAGUGAAUAGAUGGUGUAAUGAAAAUAUUCAAUUACUAGGGGUUUAAAUUUUGGUUGUGUAAUGUAAUAUUGUUAUAUUAUCGGUUUUAUAUAUUUGCCAAAACGGUCUUGUAUAUGUUGAAUUUUGCUGGUAUAUUUUUUCUUUUUGGAAUUGCCAAGCAUGACAAUCCGUUUAUUCAUUCCAAAUAAUCACAUAGACAAAAAAGUAUGAA